CUCAACCAAUCAAAACGAUGAAUCCAUCGAUUUCGCAUUGGCAUCUCUCAUGAAUUGACGCCGUCAGCAACACAGCCCGUCCUCGCCGCGUUGCGGUCGUGGGGCUGGCUGGCCAACGACACGCUGCCAGCGAGUAUGGAGCACAUGAACCUCGUGUUUGUGUGCUACUACGACGCGGAUUACCUCCACGCCCACACGCGUCAGGUGGACUACACCAAGUGCGUCGGGCUCGGCGUGGCAUCGUCGUACCUGGACGAAUCAUUCACACGACAGGAGUUGUUGCUCGGGUGUGUCCCUUGGAAAGGCAUUGACGAGGGGUCCACCAGCACCUGCAGCAGCACCGUGCCGCUCACGCUCGCGACCGUCGCGUGGGACAUGAGUCGAUGUCAAAGGUCUGGUGGGCCAGUCGCCCAUCUCGGAUGUGCCGCUGACCAGCAUCCUCGUGGCGUACAAGAUGUCGCGCGGCCGUGCCGACUUUGCCGGCCAAAUCCAGCGCGAUUUGGUCUCCCUGUCGCCGCAGCAUGCCGACAUCUUGUUUACCCCAGAUGCAGCGUCAUUCCGCGACGUGGGGCUACUUUUUGACGUGCAAGUGUCCAAGGAGUUGGCUCAGUUUGGCAUCCACGUAUCGGAUCGAACCGACACACCCGCCAUGACGUUCCUCGUCGGCCAUUCCGACGAAAUCAUCUUUGACUGCGACGCCAAGAUGUAUCACACUGUGCAUGAGUACAUUGCCACUAGAGUGGCGUCGGCAGAGGUGAAGCGAAAGGACGUGCUGUCGGCAGAGGCCGUGGCCGAGCUACAGACGGCAGCAGUCACAAUCGCCGAGGACAUUUUACAGUCGAUGCGAGCCCCUGAAGUCAAUUAUCUGUGGGAAGUGCAGCCGACCAAGUGAAAAGCCGAUGCCACCGAACGCAUUGAAGCUGUGUAUGCCAAGUAUGGCCUGUCGGAGCGAUGCUACCGCCUCGCCUGUGGAAAGCGCAAAGGACAUGUAGAUGAGCAGACCCAGUUGCCUGCGACACUGCUCAAAUGCUCCAGAUGUAAAACGGCCACGUACUGCUCGGUGCCGUGCCAGUCUGUGGACUGGAAAGCACGACACAAGUGGUUGUGUCGUCCUGUUGGUGGAGGAAAAAUCUAGUGCGAAACCAAGCGCGAAAUAACACAGCUAGUUUUGAACCAUGCAUUAUGAUGAAAACUACUACUUCGAAGUACGUAGUACGAUUUCUUAUGGUGGUCAUACGGUUG